CAACUCAUCGAUGGCAUGGCCGUGUUUCGUACAGCGCGUACAGACGUACCUCGUCGAGAAAUUCAGGAAGCAGACUAGAGAAGGGCAAGCAAGAGAUUCAGACGCAUAGACAAAAAUGAAUAUCGAAUAGAGGGAAUAUGUGUUUCUCCUUGACGGUUUCCCUGGAGAAGCUCAGGAAAGCGUCUGGUUAAUGGUGACCGUCUGGCGAAAGCGAAAUAUAAGCUUCGGCGGCGGGUUUCAGCAUGGACGAUGCCAACACAACGGACGGCGGCUACGAUGUGAACCAGACCUGGCUGAACGUGACCGGUGACGGCCAUGUCAGCGUUCAGCAUCCGUACGAAGCUCGCAUCGUCGAGAUCGUCUUCACGGGCGUCGUCACGACGCUCAUCAUCCUAUCUAACGGCGUCGUGCUCGUCGCCAUAGCAACGAACAGCGCCUUUCGCGACAUCCGCUUCCUGUUCAUCGGUAACCUGGCGGCGAUCGAUCUGAUCACGGGCGUGACGAUGGCGUACAACUUCGUGAGCAUAUUCGUCGCCGAGGCGCUGUCUUACUACGCCUGCCUCACCGUGUUCGUGCUCGUCGAGUUCUCGCUGCGCAUGUCCAGCCUGAGCAUGCUGCUCGUGACGGCCAACCAGUACCUGCUGAUCGUGCAUCCGCUGCGAUAUCCGGCGCUGAUGAACGCAGCCGUAGCGAGGCGACUCCUGGCGGCGGCUUGGAUCGUCUGCGCCGUGAUCUACAGUCUUCCGUACGCGGGCUGGAACGGUGGCGGCGGCACGGGCGAGUGUCUGCUGCUGCUGGUGUUCAGCGACAGCUUCAUGUUCGUCUGGGACGUGGCGCUCUUCGUCGUUCCCGCGGCCAUCAUGGUGGCGCUGUACGCAGAAAUCUUCAUAGUGGCGCGACGUCACUGCCGCCAGAUAGCAGCACAGGAGGUCACCGUACAGUCACGGGACACCCAUAUAUAUAUAUACUGUAGACAAUUGAGAGAGGUACUGUAA